AUGAAAAAUACUUGUCCCUAUAACUGUAAGGCUGCUGAAGAUGAUUUUGGUAACUGUCCAUUACUAAUGGCUGCCUAUAUUCUUGCUGGUUUGGCUAUGAUGCUAAAUAUUAGACUCUCAUACAGUUCUGCUCCAUAUGCUCUUAUCAGAUUCCAGUUACCUGAAAAUCUUUUCAGUGUCUUUGUUAGAAGAAUGGCUAGUGCUUUGGAACUCUGGUGUCUACCAGCUUUCCUCAUUGCUGAUAUUAUGGAACUAGCAGUUAAACUAAUCAUCUACCAACUCAAAGACAGCGGCUAUGGCGACAACUCCCUCGCCUCAAAGACACUGAAGUUCUAUGCCAUCAUAGUGCCUUCCAUAGUUGCUCAAUGGUUAAACUUCCUCACCUACGUAAUUUUAUUGUUUGUAUAUCUGGCGGGUGGUGACUCUGGUCGUCUAACUACCUUUUAUUGGACUAUUGCAGCCUCUGGAUUUGUAUUUGGUAUCAGUAAUGUAUUUGUCUUUGCUGCUAACUUUAAUUAUAUUCCCAUCUAUAUUGCUGGUGAAAACUGUUUUCCAGCUCUAACCUCAUUCAUACACUAUUUGGCAACACUCAUGUUUGGUAACAGAAGGAAAUACGAUAGUGACUUCCUAAUAGUCUUCAUUGACAUUUUAGUAGCUAUCAUAAUCUCACUUGUGGCAGCUAUAGUGUGGACAUGGGCCUAUGGUAUCUGCCAAGAUGCUGUAACUGAGUGCAAAAUUACUAAGGAUUCUGCUGGGGGAAAUAAACUUACUAUCGAAUAUAAGGAUGCUAAGGAAUCUGAUCCUCCUAAGGUUAAGGAAGCUGAUUAUACAAAUCCUCCUACUCCUCCUGCUGGUACUAAUUAUAAUUAUACUGUUAAGCAUACUGCAACUAAAAAUAUCACAUAUACUUUUAAACUCACUGAGCAGCUUGCUGGUACUAAAGAUGCUAAUGUUACUAUUGAAUAUGGUCAUAUACAUGCAUCCGGAUUUUCUGGUACUGGUGCCAAGGAAUCUUUGAUCUCACCGUUACUGAUUGUCCUAGUAGGUAUGGGUCUAGUUUAUGCUAUUUAUCCUGGAAUUGCACCUGGUAUGAUUGUACCAUUUUAUCUCAUUGAUAAGAUUGAAAUGGUACUCCUAAUUGCCACCAUCUUUCCACCGGUAAUAAUUGCACUACUCCAAAAAUUCAAACCAAACUGGUCACCCAAAACCAAUUACGUAUGGCACGGAGAUGAAGAUCCUAAGACUGGUCUCCAAGGAUGGCGAAAGUAUGCAUCCACACACGUAGGAGGACCAGGAGAUUGCGGCUCUGAAUCUAAAGAUAUUCAUGCUUGGAUUUGGCACUUCUUUGAUCUGGUGGUUCCCAUUAUGAUCAUCUUAGCCUAUCUAUUCAUUUACUCACUUCAUUAUAGAGAUUCUAACAUAUCCCAUGCUAUAGUUAAUCAACCUAAAAUGUCCACUGCUCUCACUAUAAUAUUUUAUAUGUGUCAUGAAAUCUCGCUAGCUGUGGGAUUUGCUGGUAUGGUAGGUAAUGGAGCUGAAUAUACAGUUUUAGCUCAAAUGGUAGGUGCAUUCCUUAUGGUCUUCCUGGCACUCUACAGUGAGGGCUACCUAAUUGAGUACAAGCGGCACGAUCCUGCUCAUUGUCCCACAGAAGGUAUGACAAAGUGGAACGCGUUCUGCUACUGGACUAAAAAAACAAGCAAAAUAACCAAUCACAUCCUGAGGUAUCUACAUGAAAUGAUUUGCCUAGACCUACCCGUAUCUAUUACUUAUAUAGUGUAUAUAAUGUAA